AUGUACUUCUCCGGACUCAUCCUCACUCUCGCGGCCACUGCAUCAGCCGUCGAUGUCAGGGCUUGGAAAAGCGAUGUCUGCAGUGGAUCCUCCAGAGCCUGCGUUGGCCUCAACCCCGGCGUAUGCUGUUCCUUCACCGACUCAGCAAACAGUGGCCUACUGAGCAUCUCCGUCAACGCUAUCCCAAGCUCCUGGCGCAUUCGCACUGAGGCCUACACGGGUGGUGGCUGCAGAUCCAUCGCAAACCAGUAUGACUCAAACGGUAAAACAGACGUUUGCAUGGCGUACAGCUCGCGACGCGAUCGCACGGCAGGAAAGUACUACUUCAUCGGCCGCAAACGCGCUGAUGACAAGUCAUGCCCUGCCAAGGAGACUGAUGGCGGAGAUUGCAAAUCCUUCGUCAAGCCCAACGCGCUUGGCCUCGAGGAUGGCACCAUGUACAACAUUGCUGGUCUUACGGAGGAGAAGAUUCAGGAGUUGGAAGAGAUUGCCAACACUGGCGCUGGUCCCGAUGCCAUUCCUGCCGAGUUCAAGGUCCUCGACGCCUGA